AUGGCCAAGUUGACCAAGAAGCAAUUGUAUCCGAAUGCGGCGCCGAAGACCUCAAAGUACGGAUCCAUCUUUGUUAUUAGCAGCACAAACGGAGGCACUUGGGGCCCCUGUUUUACUAUGACUUCUCAUGCGGCCCUGGGUGCUGUCACAGCCGGUGUCAACCGCAUCUCAGUAGGCCAAAUUGGCAUCGGCGUCAGUUUUGAAGUCUUCGACGUGAAAGGAAUGACCUCCCAGUUCCCACCAUCAGCCUUGCGAAAGCCGCAGACCAAACAAAACAACAUUGGGCUGGAGAGAGCUGGAAACACACAGGAGGUCGCAAUAGUGACCGGGUUCCUGGCUUCGGAAUUCUCAUCACAGGUUCAAAUCUGGUAAUCGACGUUGGCGCAUCGUAAAUCAACUUGAGUCUCACCCGACGGUUACCGGAGAAAGACACCUAACGUUGCCAUGAGCUUACGUUUUGCGGGGCGAUAAAUCCUUGACGGUACCUAUUUAUGACGGUCCUGAGAUGAUUCUCGGAGGAUGGUUAUAAAAAGACGCAAGUUGCAGGAUGAGUAAAUCUGGAAAUAUCGGAUUUGUGAUACUGUUUGUUUGUUGCUUUG